AUGCAGUUCAAGCUCCUCCUCCCCGUCUUGGCUACUGCCUACGCAGUUGCGGCCCAGGUUCCUGCUAGUGCGUCGCCAACUCCUGCUAGCGAGGCACCAACGCCUGCUAGCGAAGCACCAACCUCGCUUCCUACCACACUUAUGCCCAUGGGCAAUGAGGCGACGGCGACUCCAGCCGUCAACAUCAAGGACAUCAACAGUGUUGGCGACAGCACCACCACAUCUGGUGGUGUUGGUCUCUCCUCGGUGGACGAGAGUCAGUCCACCGCAACACCUAUGCCUACAUCUGGAUCAAAUGUCCUCCCACUAAGCAAGAAAGGUGCUGCCAAUCAACUCACAACUUCUGGCAGCCUGUCAGCUCUUGCUAUCUUCAUGGCCGCAGGUGUUGCACUCGCCUACUAG